AUGCUUCAUUCUCUAUCUCUUCCAGCUUUCUCUUCCUCCUCUCAACCCAAAAUUCUAAACCCUUAUAAUCUCUCACACCCUUCUUUCUACCUUAAAUUCCGGACAACUAACCAAGAAAAUGUUCGGUAUCUCAAAGCUAUUGGUAUUAUUGAUCCCAACACUAAACCACACAAACUUCCAUCUCCUGAUACCGUAACGCACAUCCUUAACACUGUAAAUUUCUUCAAAUCCAAAGGUUUCCAAGACGCUGACUUCUCAAGACUCACUUCAGAAUGCCCUCAACUCUUGUCCAGUGAAUUCGAAAUCACUGACAUUGAGCCUGUUUUCAAAUUCUUGGAUACUGAUUUACAUGCUUCAGUUCAAGAAUCAAGAGGUUUGGUCACCAACUGUCCUGAACUACUCUUUUCUGAUGUUGAAUACUGCCUCAGACCUACCCUUGAUUAUCUUAGGCAACUAAGAGUAGCAAAAUUGAAUGUUCCAAGUAAACUAAAUGCACAUCUUUUGAACACUCGGGUAGAGAAACUGCGUUCCAAGGUCAAGUUUUUGAAGAGCGUAGGGCUUUCUCAUCAGGAGGCAGCAAGUUUCUGUGCAAGGAUUCCCGCUAUUUUUGGGUAUAGUAUUGACUACAAUUUGAGACCAAAGCUCGAAUAUCUGUUGAAGGGAAUGGAGAGGAGUAUGGAAGAGUUGAAAGAGUUUCCACAAUACUUUGGGUUUAGCUUAAGGAAGAGAAUAAUUCCUAGGCAUUUGCAUUUGAAGCAGAGAAAUGUUCGUCUCAAGUUGAACAGAAUGUUAAUUUGGAGUGACCAGAGAUUCUAUGCAAAAUGGAAGUGAAUGUAUGAAAUUCCUAGCUUCAUUCUUGGUUGCAUUUCUUCUCAGUAUCCUACUCCCGUUUCUUUUUUUCUUUUUCUGCACACGGCAGUUUCAUUCAUUUAAAAAAAAAAAAAAAUAGCAAACCCUUCAACAUGUGUUACCGCUUAUGUUUAUGAGCCAGAGAGACAGGAAGGUAAAAUUCAGAAUGAUUCACUCUAAUAUCAAUCAAUGAAUUUCAGAUUUCAUCUGUG